AGCCGAUUGAGUGCGCACUUUCCGUGAAAGUCACAACAAACGAUGUGAACGGAUGCUAACGCUACACUGAAAAAAAGGGUUCUUAAAAAGAUAUCUUUCUAAAGCCACUAUGACAUGAAACACUAUUCACCACUCAGUGUUUGAGACAUCAAGCACCUCCUUGAAUGGAGGCUAACCAUGGAUGAGUCAGAGGUCAUUGACAUUGAUGACCUCCUUGGAUCAGCUGUUGCUUUGGGACAGCAAGAGGCCGAAGAGUAUGACUUUGAGAACUUCCCCAAUGAUAGCGAACCGACACCAACCCCUGAGACAUCUAUAAAGGAAACCGUUCCUGACUACCCUUCAAGUAACCUUUCAGUACAGCAAGGUGGUUUGAAACAGAACAGUAGCCCUGUCAGGAAUGCACAGUCAAAAACGCCCCUGGAGGAGGAGUUAAAGAAGUUGUUUCUUACCUCAAAGUCAUCGAAAAGGAAAGUAGAGAUCCAAGAACAGAGCCUUGCGAUCAAUAACAAUGUACCAGAACGAGGCGAGCAGAGUUAUUCGGACAGCAAAGCAUCUCAAAAUGAGGCACUUGUUGACGCUCUCAUCCAGGGAGGGUCGACAGACGGGGUUCUGUCAGACGAGGAGCUCUCCAUCGACGUGAACUCUGAAGAACUCCGGCAGUUCAUUCUGGAGUUUGAAGCCAGCAACGACGAUAUUCCACCUAAGAGUUCCUCUCCAGAGGAGGGUCGGAGACCUAAGCAAAGGGUCGUCAUCAACCACAGAUAUUCGCAAAGUGACGAUCAGGACAGUCUGAAUUCAUCCAUAAGCACCACGGAGUCCCGCGAUGGCAGCCUUACGUCCAGUCUGGCUUCCAGCGACAUCCACCUGUCCCCGGUCCGGACCAAGCAGAAGGUCCCUAGGGGGAAGACCGUGCGCUUCCUCAUGUCAAACCUGCUUAGAAACAAUAAGGCCCCACAUCAUCAUUCCGGUCGCACCUCAGGAUCUGACGAUGACUCUCGGGACUCCAAAACCCGUCCAACGAAGGAGAGAAACAAAAAGAAAGACAAAGAGGAACGAGAUAGAGACCGCAUUGCCAACAAACAUUCCAAACAUUUUAGAUCUCAGCAAGUAUCGAUAUCAUCCGGAAAAUUCAUGACCUCAUCAGCAGCCAAUGGUCAGGCCAGAAGACCUGGAGACUUGCCCCAGGACGGUAAGACGCAAUCAAGGGUGCAGUUGUCGACAGCUACCGUUGCGAUGCCUGUUAGCCCUGGAGCUAGAGAUAAUACCCUCCCUAAGCAGCUUAUACAAGCUGCCACCAGAGGGGACCUGCAGGUUCUGGAGUUUUUACUGGCGGCAAAUGAGGGCCUGUCACAGGUGCGUGACAACCGCGGCAAUACGCUGUUACACGCAGUCGCCAGACGGGGCCACGUUGACUGCCUGACUUGGCUGGCCUCUUGGGCCUGUGCAGGGUUGCUGGCCGUGGAGAAUGACGACUGUUUUACUGCUGCCGCCCUGGCUGUGAAACAUGGCCAGUUAGCAUGUUUGACGUGGAUGGUGCAACACUCAGAGGCAAAGUCUGAGCUCCACUCCCAAGACAACCGCUGGUCCCUCCUUCAUCUUGCUGCUAGAUUCGGUCAGGAACCCUGCCUUCGUAGGCUGCUUGAGCUUAUGCAGAUGCAGGAUAUCUCCCUGGACCAGACUGACCACAGCAACAAUAGCCCAAGCCACCUCUCUGCCAAGUAUGGCCAUCUGCCGUGUCUUCAGACUCUGGUGGAGUAUAACUGCGACGUAACUCUACUCAACAAGAAGAAGCAGUCGCCGUUUAGCCUAGCAACCAGAUACCACCAUGUCACAUGCGCUCAGUUCCUGGUCGUCGUGGAAACCUGCAUCAAGCUGUCCAAUGAGCUGACGGUCACACAGAGGCAGUUCAGAGAGAGCCAGCAGGAGAAAGAGGCCAUGAGCAAGAAACUUAGAGAGGCCCUGUCUUGCACGGAUGCCCUCGUCCACAUGCAGAAGACCGACCUAUCCCAGCGUAUUGAACAGGUGCGAGGAGAGUACGUUGACCUAACCAAUCUACUGGUUCAUCAAUUAGACCAGCUGCAUAAGCAGCAGACUCGGACCAAUCCUGGCAAUCAGCUUCCUGCGUCAACGUCAAGUGAGGAGGAUGUACUGGUGUACAAGCAGAAAGCCACUCAACUAGAGCAAGCUUGUUCAGAUCUACAGGAGCGAGACCAGAGACAGGAGGAGGAGCAUGGCAACCAGGACCAGCUACUGGAGAUAGAGAGACGAUUAAGCCGACUCCAGCCUCUUCCGACCAGUCCAAUAUGGCCGGCACCGGCCACUGUCCACAACCCUGGCUUAGCUCUGGACUCAAUGAGGACUCGCCUCAGUGAGGUGAAUCAUCAGAUAGCCACUCUUCACCAUGUCAGUCCGAGCCUUGCAUCGGACAACCUCGACACUCUCAGCCUGAGCAGCAGCUAUGCCUCGUCCCUCAGUUCAUCAUCAUCAUCAUCCCUAAUGGCUGCAAUGGUACAGUCCUCCCCAGGGCACUCUGCCAAGAAGCGAAGGGUGUCAUGGAACGAGGAACUCUCACAAAAGGGGUCUUUGGAUCAAGAAGAGAUAUUUUCAAAGACAUGCGUUGCAAACAGUAAAACAACUCUAUUAAAUAACUAUGAAUCAAACCCACCCGACUUGUCCUUGAGAAGUACUGAAUGUCAAAGGUCAAGUCACGUCCCGAUGGCCGAUAAAAAAAGCAAGGACUUUACAAGCAAAUUGUAUUCUAAAGAAGUUGGACCUGUGCGUUGUAAAACUGCAUUGGGAAACCAGUCUCACUCCAAGACGAACAUUCUCCAUGUCCAAGCAGAGAUUAACCGACAGGAAACUGAACUUGAAACACUGGAAAGUCCCACCAGCACAAGCUACGCCAAACCCUCUGCAGAAGACAGGGGCAGGAACUCAACCCCACCUCCAUCAUAUCUUGAGUCCUGCUCCAGACAUUUAUCAAGCUCUCACAGCUCAGAGUCAAUCGUAAAUAGGGAUGACACUUCUAAGAGGAAAACAGGAGAACCUCCCAGAAAUGCAGACAGGAGGAAGAUUUCCCUUGAUCAUGUCGAUCAGAAAUCUCCUGCAACGAUAACUAACUCAUCACCUGGAGAGAAACUUGAAAUGCCUGAAGCUUAUUUCUUUCCCACGUUUGAUAAGCUGUCGACAGGUUUAGAGGAGUCAACUUCUCAGCAGCAGUUUGCACCUCAGAAGCACAGGGAGAAUCACGCCAUGCCAGACUUCAUGAGGAAGGUGCAGCGGACAAACCAGUUCGGAGAGCCUGAAGCCGGGAAAGUAAUCGUCAAGAUAAGCAACAGAGAGGAGUUGGUGCUGCUGCCGCCCGGCACCUCAGGAAGCCUGGGGGACCUCUCAGCAUCUCACCACCGCCUGAAUUCGAACUCCAGCCUGAGCAGCAUCUCCUCAGACUUGCCUUGGUCUGAGAGCGAGACUGAUGAGUCUCCCCGUCCAAACAGACAACCAGUGAGAGGUGGAAUUCUCUCUAAGAAAACAACUGACGGUUCUAAGAAAACCCAAGAGAAGCAUAUCAAGUUUGCUCUGGGCGACGUCGACGAUAAACCAACCGCGUCCUCUGUGGCAAACCCUGCCGCAGUUAAGCCUCAUCCUUCCAAGAGGCGAGAUCUGUCUCCGAUCUACGAAGCGCCAGAUUUAUUGAAAUCCACUUCAGACGACUCGAAGAAGAGUCAGAAUGAAAAGAAAGACGCCGGCAUCAAAAGUAAUGAUAAAACUUUAGCAAACACGCAGAAGAAUCGGUCAGAGAAGCUAUCGCCUGAAAUAAAAACUGAUAAUGAUUGUCAACGCUUAAAAGUUCCUCAGUCCAAGAAACUUGAGGCAACUGAUCGAGAUGAUAAGAGCUCCUCGCGUCGGAGAAACUUUCGUUUAUUCAGCUACAGUAGCGAUGAGGGGGACCAUGAGGGAGAGAGCAGCAAGACGGGAAAAACUCUGUCAGAGUCUGAGCAUGAAAACCUGAAAUAUCCCGCUUGCCUGACUGACGCACUUAGCCAGGAGUUUAACGGAAUCAAAGAGACCCCUAUUAACGGAGACAUAGACGCAGUGCAGUAUAAGUUAUGGUAUGAGAUGUCAGAGGAUGACGAGGACCAGGAUGACAACCAGCUGCAGCUUCAAUCAUCAGGGGGUUUCGAACGUCACAUCUGCUACCUAUGAUACAGGUUAUAACCACUCUUAGAGGGCUCGUUCUGUGCCAUCAUUCUGUAGUGCCAUCUCCCACAGUGGUGAGAUUGCAGGGGGCUUUAAAAGACACAUCUGCUAACUAUGAUACAGGUUAUAACCACUUCAGGGUUCAUUCUGUGCCAUCAUCAUUCUGCAGCCCCACCAGUGUCCCAUAGUGGUGAGAUUGCAGGGGGCUUUAAAAGACGCAUCCUGCUACCUAUGAUACCAGUUAUAACCACUUCAGGGUUCAUUCUGUGCCAUCAUCAUUCUGCAGCCCCACCAGUGUCCCAUAGUGGUGAGAUUGCAGGGGGCUUUAAAAGACGCAUCUGCUACCUAUGAUACAGGUUAUAACCACUUCAGGGUUCAUUCUGUGCCAUCAUCUAUCUGCAGCCCCACCAGUGUCCCAUAGUGGUGAGAUUGCAGGGGGCUUUAAACGACACGUCUGCUACCUAUGAUACAUGUAAUAACCACUAGAGGGUUGGUUCAUUCUGCGCGGCCUUCAUUGUUCUGUGCCCUCAUUAUUUUACAGCCUCAUUAUUCUUCAGCACCAUCAUUCUCUCAUAGGUAUGGGAAGUGUGCAGCUGAAAGAUCCUAGCCUGACUAGCCCUUUAAAUUGAAUAUAACAUCAUCAUGUUUUGGGAGAAGUUUUUUCAAUUCCUUCCACAUGUAUUCAAUUAGCAUGCAAUCAACAAAAGAAAUGGGUCUCGGUUUGGCGAAAAACUAAACAAAAAUUGUCAUGUUUUGUCCACGAUUUCUGCUUGUUGACAUUGGGUUUGUGGCAGUUGUAGAGAUGGAAAUGUACAACAAUACUUUUGGCUGUCUUUAAAUUAAAGUACUCUCGAUUUUGGUGGUCUCGGUUCUGCGAAAACAAAACAAGUUGCUGUGUUUUGUCUUCUUUUUCUGCUCGUUUAUGUUGGUUUAUUGACAGUUGUGGAGAUGAAGAUGAGCAGCAAUACUUUUUGGGUCUUCAAAUCUUGGUUGUUUCCGAUUUUGAUAGAAAUCCCGGCGGAACUAUUCAUGGAAGAUUGGUACUCUGUGUCGAACCUUGUGAUAAUGGAGAGUAAACUCAGUGUAAUUGACCUCUUUUGUUGAUCCACAGGCCUUUAAAUGUGAUAUCCUAGAGUCAUUUCCUGUAGCAGGAAGCCUAUGCAAUGGUAGCGUCUACCUUUUUAUCUCUAUCAACAUGGGUCAGAGAUACAACAGCACAGCCUUGUUGAUUCCAGUAUCCAUGCAGUAUGCAACACGGAAAUUAAGGGAUGUUUGAUUUUAAGGGAUAUUAGUAUCAGACAUGUAAAACUUGAGAGGUUAAAAAAGGGGAACUUUGAUUUUUCUCUCUGUGAAAAUUCAGCCUGAUAGCCUGAAAAUCUGUGAAAGCCUGCACCAUGCCAUAUGAGGUCAGCCCUUGAAAUCAAUCAAAUACCCUAACUAAAGUGUUUUUUCUUUCCUUUUUUAGAUAUGAACUGUACUUGUGGGUUUUCCCACAAUAUUUUCAUUAAGAAGGAUUAAAGAAAAGGGAUUAGGAAACAAAAGGGGAAAUCCCACAAUGUCGCUGUACUAAAUAAUAUGGUUCUUCAUUUUUUUUCCGUCGUCCAGGGCGAAAUAUACAGGGGUUUAUGAUACGUGUGUGUUGAAAACAGAAUAUGGGAUUGAGUUGUAACAUCCAAGAAGUCAUGUAUAAUUGACAAAAAAAAAUCUACUUUUUCUCUCCAUGUUUUUGAGCUUAGUUGAACCUUGUUACCAACAAAAGAAGACAGAUUAUUUUCAAGCUGGAAAAAAAAUAUUCACUGGUCACGCGAUGUUGAACACAGCGUUUCAAAACGAUCAUUCUGAACAAACAUAGAUGCCUACAUGAAACAAGGUACUUGGUUGAUGUUUAUUCUUUCACCAAUGAACGUACAUGUCACUCUCGCUGUACCAGUAACCUUGCAAAACAGAUAAGAACUAGAGAUAAUACUGUUGUCUGGAAAAGUCCCCUGCUCCAGAAUUGAAAAUUUUAUUUCCAAGACUGUGGAAUAACCUCAUGUAUGUGGUAUACAUGUAUAAUAUUUAUGUUAUUUGGUUUGUGGUAACACCAUGUGUGUAUCUACUUGCUGGGUAGAUUAUG